AUGGAGUCGCUUGCCUCGCAAGCGAGGCCGGCGGCGGUGCUCUGGCUCGCCGGCUUCUUCCAGGCAGCGCGCCUCCACCGCGUUGUCUCCUUCUGCGCCAGCUCGAGGGUACUAUCCAUCAGGAUUGCACAGUGCUUCCUGCUGAACGGGCUUAUCUUCCUGGGGAGCUUGCUAACCCUGAAAUCGGUGGUUAUUCCAACUCUAUUGUGGAUACUACCUGAGCAACACAAUCAAACAGGGGGACAUCUUUGUGAGCACACGGCAGCCAUAUCUAUCUAUUCAUUCUUACGCUCUGGCCUUGUUGAGAUUUUUUAUGUAUUUUGGUUUUAUCCACUUUAUGUCUUCAGCUUCAUAUUAAGUACGAUUUGGUAUAAUGACAUUGCCAAGCAUGCUUUGGAUGUUGUGAAAAGUAAGCGCCUAGUUUUGACUCAAGCACUGGAUGGCCACAAUGCAACUGAAACAGAAGAGCAGCCUGAAGGAUUUGACAGGGUUGCACUUGGUAUUGGGGAACAGGUCUAUUCAAUCCUUCUUUUAACCAUUUUCUUUGUUGAGGUUUCAGUGAUUGGUUACAUACCUUACUUUGGCAAGGCAAUGAACUUCCUGCUCUUGUCAUUGAUGUAUGCCUACUACUGCUUUGAGUACAAGUGGAACUUCUUUGCAGUCAGUCUGCAUGAGAGACUUGAUUUCUUUGAAUCAAAUUGGGCAUUCUUUGCUGGAUUUGGUGCUCCAUGCGUCCUUCCAAUUUUCUUCUUCUCUCCUCUUACAAGCUAUGGAUUUCUGGCUAUACUUUACCCGUUGUUUGUCUUGACUGCUGCAGGCACUCAAGCUGAGCAAGUAAUUGAUGGACUGAAACCUGCACAUGAAGGGAAACUACAGAGAAUACCUGUGUUCUUUGUCGCAAAGCGACUGACGACAAAAGUACUGCAACUGUUUCCAGUGGCACAGAAAGAAGAAUGA